AGUAUUUUGAGACUUGUUUGACUCAAUUUGGUGAAGAAACAAACGAUUCACUAUUGUUGAACCUCUUAAGGUCUGAAAACAAUGUGGCCCGUUCUUGAUUUGUUUACUAGCAAUUCUUGUCCGAUUUGUCACAAUAAUUAUCAUAAUAUUGUAAGAAAUUUUUUGGUUGCUCGAAAAAUUCCAUGUAUGCUUGAAUUGUAAUUGUGCUCUAUUUUAGUACUAUGUACUCUGUUUUUUUGUGAACAUAGUAUCAUGCGGCUAGGCAAACCUUAGAUACUAUAGAACCUUAUUUUUUGUCAAUUCUGCACAAUGUAGUAUGGCUAGACAGUGAGGUUCUGAUUCCCGGUCUCGAGACACGCGACGGGAGAACGAGCCCGCUCAGGAGGACACCGACCCGUCCACCUCUCUCAGUUCCUUCCCUGAGUGGGACGAGCGGACACUGUUCUUUGCCCCCGAGCACCACAUUUCAGAGAGGGUGCGUCGCAGGAUCGUUAGUGCAGGACACGCAACCACGGAUCGGGUAAUGACACUCUGGGGAUGCUGUACGACAAGUAUUUCAGCGACAAUGAGGGGCUGCGACUUCUUUGGGAGUCUUGUGGGAUGACUGCCCUGUUUCGGGCCACGCAGGCCAUGUACUCAUUUGACGCGAGCCACCACGUAAUUCGCGCUUUGAUGGAGUUCUUCUAGGACACCACCAACACUUUCCACUUUCCUUGGGGUGAGAUGACUAUCACCCCAGCCGACUUCAGUCUUAUUUCGGGACUGGAGUUUAGCUCGACCGCGCUGCCGUUCGACAGCUCCAUCAGCGUUUUCUCUCCUGAGGUCGAUGAGAUGUUGGGUCCGAUUGCUGUUUGGGCCCGUGCUGAGGUGGAGCCAUCACGAUUUAGCUCCAGGUGCAUUCGUCGGUCGACUCUGGCGAUGGAUUUCGAGGACGAUGUGACUACCCGAGAGCAGCAGGUGCACAUCUUUGCACUUAUUUUGCUGUUAGAGACGUUUUCCCCUGACAAAGGUAGUAGGGUGCUUCCUACUGUCCGCGAUCUUCAGCUGAUCAGGAGUUAUGAUUGGGCCAGCUUGGCCUAUGCUGACUUUUUGCGAGGAUUGCGAGACUCCUGUCGACAGCAGUCUUACACAGGGGACAUCGCUCAAUCUAGCUUCUGGAGAGUCGUAGAGGUAUACUUCAUCUCUUACAAAGUUAGAUCUAAGCUCUUAUUAGCAUCCGCUGAUUUCCUCUUUAUCUUUGUAGAUUUGGUUCUACGAGUAAUUUCCUUCGCUUGCGCCAGCGAGACCAUCUCCACGCGAGUUCCCCGUUGGCGCCUGUUGGGGAGGUCGCUUCAGUAACCAGGCAACUACUGCCCGUGUUUGAGAGUUGAUCCUCUCGGUAUGUUCCUUUUCAUAGUUCGCUUUUGGUAGAAACUUUAUCUUAUAGGCAUUCUUUGCAGGAGCCUGAUGUACUAUACCGGCCAUGGGGUGGUCCGGUUACUUCUGCGCUGGCUGCGCAGUACACUGCUGAGUGUCGCUACUAAUUUCAAGGGACAUAUGAGGCGGCGUGUACCUAGGAGAGAGAGUUUCUAUUCAGCACUCCUCAGAGAUUUUCGUCGUCCCUGCUCCUCCGCCACGUCAUAUGUUUCAUGACGCGAUGCUGCUCAACUUGUCGGGAGGUCACCUGCUGGUACCCCUUGGCGAUCUCAUGCUAGCUCAGGGCGAUGCUACGAGUAGGAUCUGCUGCCGUUGUUAGCUCCGGCUCCUGUUUUGUCUGAGGAAGCGGCGGUAUGAUUUUUGUAUUUUAUCUCUUUGCUAAGUAGCCCCUAAGUGAUAUUUUAUUCACCUCGGUUUGCUUUUUGCUAGAUCGAUCCUACUGAGUUUGUUCCCCCUCGAAUGUCCAUCCACUAUCAGGGGACAUAUGAGCCUAUUGAUGAGAUGAUCCCUCUUGCUCCUGAGGAUCAGCGUUUUGUUGAGCGAUCUAUCCCUCACCACCAGACUCGGGUAAGUUAUUUGCUUGCUAUUUAUUUAUAUCUGUCUUGUAUUGUUACUAUGCAGGUUAAUUAAGCCAGACGACCCGUUGAGUCAUGGCCGAUAAGGCUACACGCUCAGAACAACUGGCAUGAAAAGAACCUCACGCCAUCUCUUGAGAGGCUAGUUGUAGGGGAUAGCUCCUGCUGAGCUAUUCCUUCCAGCUGGGCUCAGUUAAGAAGAAUGUUCCUACAAGCAAAGAGUCGGCAUGAGUGACCUCAUACCACCUCUUGAGGGGCUAGUUGUAUAGGAUAGCUCCCACUGAAAUAUCGCCCAGCCCCUAGGGUGCGCACUCACUGCCGAGAAAUCAAUUAAAGGAGGGCUCACUAGACCGGCAGAGUCAGCCCGCAGGGCUGACCAGGCUGAACUCUCCACGAAGGAGAUGGUACGCCUAUAAAUAGAGGAUAAAGUACAACGGAAUGGGGGUAAGACAAUCAAGUCGCUAUACUUUCUACAUCUUUCUAAGUACACUUUCUCUCUCUAAACAUUCUCUAACUUAAGCUUCGGAGAAGGGUUCCUCGAGCCACCCCCAAGGGCAGUUUACGUGUGCUACCUUGUGUAGGUAGUUAACAGGAUCAAGUUCACCCAGCAGAACCCUUGGAUCCGCACUUGGAACAGUUACUGAUUUUAUUUCUUUGACAGUUCUCGCGCGAGGUGGUUACGGCGAUGGCGAGGUGCAUAGAAGCCUUCCGGAGCCAGCUCGUGCGGAUGAGGAACAUGGAUUCCUGUCGUCGUGACGACACUGUUCGGGAGGGACAACCUAUUCCUUCCCGUACUCGGAAGAGACAUGAGGUUCGGAGAGAGCCGACUAGGUCUAGUUCUAGGCGUCGCCGCACUACUUCUGGUGGUCGGGGUGGCUGUUCUGAUGUUGCCCGUACCGAGGCGGUGGAGGGCUCGGGCUCUUCAUCUGAGAGUGCACAGGCUGGGCUGAUGGACUACGGAGAGGCGACAUCGGCUCCGAGAGGUGGUGGGACAUACGAGGUUGGCUCGUCGUCGCAGCAGCCUCUGCAGCCUCAGCCUUUGCUGAUUCAUCACCAGGGCGACCUUGGGUGAACUGGUCUCGAGUUGAGUUUCCCUUCUCCUAAUGAGACCGGAGCAGGUGGGGAGCAUACUCCACGAUCUGAGCAGUUCUUCGAUAUGAUGAACAUUCCUCAUCAUCUGCGUCCUCCAGCGCCGUAGUUGUAACUGUGUUUAUUUAUUCUAACUUUUAUAAGACUUUGUCUGACUGACACAUUUGUUAGACACAUUUUGUAUAUAUAGACUAUUAUAUAUCAUGAUUGUAUUAUCUUUGUAUUUA